AAGUUUGGAGAGAACAGGCAGAUGAGUUCAGUGUGUGAGUUGGCCGACUAACAACAAGUGGUUUCCACAGAGAACUGAUCCACAGCACCGAGGAGAGGCUGGAAGCUGCUCACUUUUCACUGUCUUCAGUCUAUUCCGCUUAUCAAAGUAAUGACUGCCACAACAAGACGUGCCAUUUAAAGAGAAAACUGGUGGUCCGCUGCGGUGUUUUGUGUCCCGGGUGCGUCGUGCGUAAUUAGCUGAUUUGCAUCACCCGGCGCUACCGGUUCAAUCUGCGGGGAAACCUGGCCACAAGUCGCCAGGUGGACGGCGACAAAGGCUGCUCAGGCGUGCUCAGCGUUUAACUCUUCCGUAACUCGUACUUUAAGUUCACUUCAUCUAUCCAACAUGUACAGCAUGAUGGAACACGAGCUGAAGCCGACCGGCCAGCCCCCUUCUCACCAGACCUCCCAGGGAAUGUCACCGGUCACCGGCAACAUGACCGGGAGCAUGGGCAGCAAUGGCAACUCUCACCCGGGCUCCAAAACUGCAUGCGCACCUGGAGUCGACCCCAUGGAUAAGGUGAAGCGGCCCAUGAACGCCUUUAUGGUGUGGUCCAGGGGUCAGAGGCGCAAGAUGGCUCAAGAAAACCCCAAAAUGCACAACUCUGAGAUCAGCAAGCGGCUGGGAGCGGAGUGGAAGCUCCUGACCGACGCCGAGAAGCGGCCUUUCAUCGACGAGGCCAAGCGGCUCCGCGCGGUCCACAUGAAGGAGUAUCCCGACUACAAGUACAAGCCACGCCGCAAGACAAAGCCCCUGCUGAAGAAAGACACCCAGGUGGGCAAGUACCCGCUGUCAGCCGGGAACCUGCUGGCGGCGGCGCAGGGCCAAGGCGGCAGCCCGAGGAUGGACAGCUACGGCUGGGGGCCGACCGGUGGCUACGCCGGCAUGCAGGGCGAGGCGCUCGGCUACACGCAGCAGCUGCACCGGUACGACCUGUCAGCGCUGCAGUACCCACCUGCUAUGACGGCAGCGCAGACGUACAUGAACGGAGCCAACUCGUACAGCCCCAUGUCCUACAGCAGCAGUCCCCAGCAGCCCAGCCCCGUCACCAUGUCCAUGGUGAAAGCAGAACCAGUGUCUCACUCGCCUCCGACGGGGACGCCGAACCACCACCGGGGCCCUUUGCAGGGCGACCUCAGGGACAUGAUCAGCAUGUACAUCCCGGGACCAGGAGGGGAUGCCGGGGACCCCACAGCAGCACAGAGGGGCUACACCAGCGUCCAGCAGCACUACCUCACCGGAACCGUCCCGCUCACACACAUCUAGGACUGGAAGUGGGAGUCGCGGGGGGGAGGGGGAGAACUGAGUGGGAGGAGCAAGAAACGCUCACGAUGCACAGCUGGAGAUGGAGGACUCUAGACGGGAGACGCAAAGAGACACGAGACGUGAAGGAAGAACCGAGCAGUCUACCAGUUCCAGAUGUGCCCACAGACACACAAGUGCCGCCUCCAUUUUUAUUCUUAUUCAUUAAAAAGUUGUUUGUCUA